AAUUAAUCCUAAAAAAUGUCACUUCUGUACAAACGAAAUGCAAUUUCUUGAACAUAUAGUUGGUGUUGAUAGAAUUAAACUGGACUCUCAAAAGGUUGAUAAAUUAAACAAUCUUCCCUCUUCUAAAACUAUUACUCAACUUAGAGCCUUCUUAGACUUAGCAUUUUAUUAUAAACGUUUCAUAGAAGGAUUUUCUACAAAGGCUGGACCUUUGUUAAAAUUAUUGAAAAAGGAUGAACCUUUUAUUUAG